AUGGUCAACUGGAUGUCCACGAAGAACAUAGUUUGCAUUAUUGAUGCACUUGACGAAUGUGAACCAAGAUAUCUACAGCAACUUCUAGGAGACUUUAAACGAUUAGUCAGUCUCUGUCGUACAAGAUGCACAGUCUUUAUCACAUUCCAGCCAACCACGGCAAUCCAAGACUUAGCAGGACCACUGGACGACAGGAACAGUCUGAAUCUAGAUGAGGUUAUGGGACAAGAUCGAAAGAUACUUAUACAAGAGUCUCUAGGCGACAAAAAAUUUGAAACUCUCCGGAAGGAACUUGAGCAGGGCAACUGCACCCCUCUGGCUACCAGACUUUUGUCUCAUCUAGACUAUAACAAGGGAUUGGGGGACCCACGCUCUAUGAGCUACGAUGAGAUUUAUCGCAAGAUAUUAGUACAAAUCGAUGUACCACAGUUAUGGCUUCGAGAUGUCUUGGUAUGCACCGCGUUUGCGGAGCGACCUAUGACAGUCAGCGAGCUCGCCUUCGCGAUGGGAAUCCCAGAUCUUGAUCAGAUAUCUGGCGAACAGGUGACUUUACAGAAGAUCCGUAUCACGGCCCCCAAGCAGCUGGAAGAGGAUCUGGAACUUGCUAUGCGCCCUCUGAUGCAAGUGGAGAGCGGCAUCGUCCGGCUUAUUCACAGCACAUUCAGAGCAUUCAUCAGACAUUACCUCAACAAGAAAUUGAUGCCAGAAGUCCGGUUCGGACUUCCCUCAGAAACAGCUACGUGGCAUUUAGUCAUGUUAAGGAAAUGCAUGCUUACGCUAUGCCUCCCUGAACUGCGCGACGGCUGCAACGAAAUCCCCAGUCCACGCCCUUUUCGUUCACUCUGUGCUCAUCCAGCUACCCCUCUGACUGAAAGCUUUGCUGUUUAUGCAAAUUCAAUGUGGCCACGGCAUUUACUCACGACUCAAGAGGUCUUGAAGGACUCUGGCGGCCAACCGGAGCUGAUAGCAAAUUGCCUUUCGUGCUUCUGGAACAAUGGGGCCAUCACGUCGUGGUGGGCACGGAGCUUCAAACCAAGCCAAGGGUAUUUUAUUCCCAAGACUGACGCCGGAAGUGUCUCUUUGGCUCUUCACCUAAUGAUUUCAUUGGGCUUGAUGGCUUUCAUCCCGCCACCAUCACUGGAAAGUAUUGCUUCCUCAGAUUUUAAAUCAGCCAUCUCGGCGUCUAUCGAUCUGGAUGAUAUAGGAACCACCGUGGAUCUUCUCCUCCGCGCAGCUGAUGUAAGGUUUGAUCUCUGGUUGUCAGCUGUGAAGGAGUGCUGUAAAAAUGGCCAGCUAGCGAUACUUAGUGCAAUCAUAAAACGGCAAGGUAAACAACUUUCCAAGGAUAAGAUACAAGAGUGUCUCGAAAUUACCGCAGAGUACGGGAACUGGCCUCUUGCUUCUCAGCUUAUGGCACACGCAUCACAGUCUAAUGAGCUGCCACACAACAAAGUCUUAGCUGAUAUAAUAGUUGUUGCCGCUCAUUACGGUCAUGAUGGCGUUGUUUUCGAGCUGCUUCGAGCCACAAGCGAUCCGGAUUGCCAGGAUGAGGGGCCCGAGACGUCGUCUGCAAAGUUGACUCGAGAGCUUGUGGUGUCCGACAACGGCCCACAGAAUAUCGAAGACCAUGAUUGUGUGGAUGGACGGGGCAGUUUUAGAACUAAAACUACCCCUGAGGAAGACGACAAUCAGGGAGCAAUCGAAGCUCCCGAGCCGGAGAAGAUGGAUCAAGAAGGGACUUCAACAAAAACAUCUUGGCUAAGCGAAGCACUUUUUAGUGCAGCGGAGUUUGGAAGCGAAGCGGUGGUUAGAAUCCUCCUUGAACACGGUGCGCAACAUAUAUCCAGAGAUCUUGAGCUCAAUUGGACACCACUUCACGCUGCCGCAUAUAAGGGCAACAGCGAGGCCGUGGAGCAGCUUCUAGACCAUGAUGCAGAUUUAGAAGAUACAGAUUACCAGGAUGCAACCCCACUAAUGUUAGCAUGUCUUGGUGACUUUCCGCACACGGCACAAGCAUUGCUAGCCAGAGGCUCAGACCCUGACCACAUUGCGUACAAGUCAUGCAAGUACCGUGCCAUCCAUAUCGCAGCGCGGAAUGGAAACGUCGACCUCGUGAGGUUGCUCCUGGAAUCAGGAGCUUCUGAAAACGUGCGACUAGGUGCCCCGGAGCAUAGCACGCCAUUGCAUAUUGCUGUAGCAUGGGCAGACGAAGGCCGUAAGCAUGCCGAUGUAGUGCGAAUACUAUGUCAGUUUGGAUCUGAUGUCAAUGCUGCUGCUCAAGAGGGAAGCACCGCUAUGCAUAUGGCUGUCCAGAAUGCGGCUUGUGACAAGAAUAUGGUCCAAGCCCUGCUUCGAUACGGUGCUGAUAUUGAUCGAAAGGACGACAAAGGAUUUUCACCCUUAUACUACGCUGUUAAGAACAAAAGGGAGCAGCUGGCCAAAUACUUGUGGAACCCCUGGGACUCUCGUGGUCUUAGAAAUAUAUCUGUCCUAUUUCAUGCAGCUGCAACAGGAAGAUUGAUCCGGGUACAGCAACUACUGGCCGCUGGUGAAGACACAAAAAAGAAGGAUGCGUGGGGAAGAAUUGCUUUGGACGUGGCGGUGACCGAAGAAGUUCGCCGGGAGUUAUGCAAGUCGGAGAACGUCGAUGAGAAAUUACUCAGCGAUCAGGCUGAGGUGUCGAUGGCCUCUUCCGAGACAUCUUGCGCGUUCUUGAAACAGCGACACACCAAAGAGAAUGUUGAUCUGGUAGAAUGGAAUUGCGACAAUUGCAACCGCCUACUAGACGGAGUCAUGUUUUACCUGAAGUUCAGCGCUAAUUAUUAUAAUGGCUCAAGACUGUUACGAUUGUUCAGAAGAUUGCAGCACCGAGAAUACGUGGGACCUUUGCGAUGGAUGUUUCAGCGCUUCAAAUUGUAA